ACCUAGCUUUUUUCCCACACAAAUCUUCUUCGUUCCCCCGUCGAAUUCAUAAGCGCUGCAUUUACUACAUACCCUCUUUUAAUUACAAUCUCCUGCAACUGAACCCAGCAGUGUCAUAUAACUGGAACCGCUGAUAUUUUCUCUCUGUGAUCCUAUCAAACACGAUCAAUAUAAUACCGUCCUGGAUCGUACUCGACCAUAAUUCCGUCUUAUCACCAAAUUCUACAAUGCAGCAGCCAGGUUCUAAACUUCCUACUAUGAAUGCUGACGCCACUGGCUUCUCUCACGGAGCUUACACCUCAAACAACAUGGGAUUUGGCGAUCGCAACUCUCGUAGAGCCAAUAUCCCUUCCAUCAAUACCGGUAUGAAUGGACAAAACCCUGCGGAGGUGACUGCCCCAGGAACGGCCGCCUUUGAUAUGAACUUCACCCCGCUCCUCCCAUCUCAGCUUCUUCUUGGAAGCCCAUUCCAGCCUGGCACGCCGUCUGCCUUCACUUCUCCCCAGUUCACUGGAUUCCAAGGUUUCCCCCAGGCCAAUGGGUCAGGACACAACCAGAACCAGAACCAGAUGGGCAGCCCUACUCAGGCUCACCAGAACGCUCUCUCACCGCAGCUGUACCAAAGCCUGAUGUCACCAGAUGGAUUCAAUGCCUCUCAGCUCAUGGCUGGCCCUCAGUCUCCAGUUGGUUCUUUCCCUGGAUUUGCCAAUGCAGCUUUUGGUGCCGCGAAUGUCUCUCUCCAGGGACCAGGGAUUAUCUCGGGAACAAGCCGGACCGUUUAUCUGGGAAACCUUCCUCCCGAAACAUCGGCAGAGGAGAUCCUAGGCCAUGUUCGUAGUGGCCAGAUCGAGUCAGUUCGGUUGCUUCCGGAUAAGAACUGUGCUUUUAUCUCGUUCUUGGAAAGCAGUUCAGCCACUCACUUUCACUCCGAUGCGAUUUUGAAGAAACUUGCUAUUAAGGGAAAUGAUAUCAAAAUCGGCUGGGGUAAGCCAUCACAGGUACCAACAUCCGUGGCAUUGGCGGUCCAGCAAUCCGGAGCCUCGAGAAACGUUUACCUAGGGAAUCUCGCGGAGGAUGUUACUGAGGAGGAGUUGCGGGAAGAUCUGGGUAAAUUUGGGCCAAUCGAUACGAUCAAGAUUGUCAAAGAGAAGUCGAUUGGAUUUGUGCAUUUCUUGUCCAUCAGCAAUGCGAUUAAGGCUGUUACCCAGCUACCCCAAGAGACGAAGUGGCAAGCGCCAAAACGUGUCUACUAUGGGAAGGACCGCUGCGCCUAUGUUUCCAAGACCCAGCAGCAGAAUGCUGCCCAGUAUCUCGGCAUCGCUCCAGGAUAUGCUCACAUUCUCAACUCAGCUGAUCGUGAUCUGAUCUCAAAUGCAUUGGCCCAGCAAUCUGUUGCAGCGGCCGCUGUUGCCACCUCCGCUGGUGGUGUAAACAAUCUGGGAAACCGAACCGUUUACUUGGGAAAUAUCCACCCUGAAACGACGAUUGAGGAGAUUUGCAAUGUCGUACGAGGCGGCCUGUUGCACCACAUCCGCUACAUUCCUGACAAACACAUUUGUUUCGUCACGUUUAUUGACCCGACAUCUGCCGCCUCCUUCUAUGCUCUUAGCAACUUACAGGGUUUGAUGAUCCAUAACAGGAGACUUAAGAUUGGUUGGGGCAAACAUUCCGGCGCUCUUCCACCUGCCAUCGCGUUGGCAGUUAGUGGCGGGGCAUCGCGCAAUGUGUAUAUCGGCAACCUGGAUGAAACCUGGACCGAAGAACGCCUUCGCCAAGAUUUCUCUUCGUAUGGUGAAAUCGAAUUGGUCAAUGCCUUGCGUGAGAAGAGUUGUGCUUUCGUCAACUUUACCAACAUUGCCAAUGCCAUCAAGGCGAUUGAGGCAAUGCGCAGCCGGGAGGAAUACAAGCGUUUCAAAAUCAAUUUUGGAAAGGAUCGUUGCGGGAACCCUCCCCGCCAGAUCAACAGUAAUGGCCAGAACAGAGGUGAUGGCCAUCAGUCCUCCCCUACUUUGAACGGGAACUUACAACAAAACGGAUCACAAUCAAGCCCAACGAGGCCAGCGCUAUCCCCUGCACCAGGAUCCACAAGGUCACAUUCCCAAAAUGGACAUGGCCGGCAAAUCCCACUUGCCCCAACCCCGUCUGCCAUCUUGAAUGCUGGAAGCAACAAUCCCCUGACACUAUAUCUGAACCAACUUUCUCAGCAACAGGCGCAGGAGCAAGAGAACCGUAUGAAUGACCCCAUUGCUUUGGCAACCCUUCAGCAGCAACAACAGCAAGCACUCGCCCAUCAACAAGCCACCCUCUAUAACGGCGCAGGAUCAAAUGACCUGUCAAAUGGAAACUCAAUGCAUCAGUCCAAAGGAUCCACUCACGGAUUUCUGAAUGUUUCAGCUGGUACACCAACGUCGACACACCACGCCACUAGCGGUAAUUCCCUGAAUGUCCCGCGAUCACAACAUUCUCGCGCUGUCAGCCUCCCAUCUUUCUCGCAAGAGGCUUUCGGUCAGGGUUCAAGCCAACCGCACCAAACCCGCGGUGGAAUAGCUCAUCACCAAGCUCAGGGAAGCUUCUCAGGCUUUGGCGGCGGUCUCGGUGGGCUGAACCACAACGGAUUUGGGUUGUCUAUCCCUAACGAAGGGUCUCUCCCUGGCUGGGUUGAAGAAGAGCUUGGGGCGAAAUGAGCCAUUCCGCAACUCGUCCUGAACUUUUAAUCGUUUCGAUUUCAUGCCCUUGUUUUCACCUUUUUUGGCUUCAUUUCAGGUUUUUAUUUUUGUAUCUCAUUUACUUAUUUGACUACCCUACUUUUUCUUUUCACCUUCCUAUUCUUGUAUUGGUUUAUAAUUAUGUUGUUUAAAUUUUGACUUAAUUUUCGCGAACCUUACCUAGCCUUCAUUCCCCCAUGAUGCGCCCAAAGGCCGGCGUGUCUUGUUCAUUUUUAAUUUAAUUUUUUCUUGCGGCUUAUUUGACACGCGGCCCUCCCGGUUGCUAAUCGAUUCACCAGCACUUUAAUCCGAGGAAGCGAAAAAGCUGAAGACGAGGGUUUGAGCACAAGGUACACCCAUCCUAGACCAUAUGGUUGCCUUAUUACUAUCUUUU